UUAUGAUUGAAUAGAUUCAGCAGAAGAGAACCUACUCUAAAAUCUCACCUUCUAUAAAAAAAGCUUUGAUUCAAAAAGUCUUUCAAAAUGGAUUUAAAAUUAAGCAAGUAUUUGUGAUAUUAAAGUUUUAGGCAGCAUAGUAAUUAAAACUAAAAUAUGCUACCGCUAAAACCAUUAUACUUCUUUAUAGAAAGAAAGUAGUGAGGAAAAAACUUAUCUUUUCAUCAAAUAAACCUUGUUUAAUUCUUCCAUUAGAAAAUAAAAAAAGAAAUAUUGUAGUUGUCUCUUUAGUGGCUGGAAAAUUAUAGAAUUAGAAUGAAGUAUGA